UGACAAUUCUCCUCCUUCUGGUGGAAAUAAGAAGUUAAUGACUGCCGGAAUAACAAUUUUGGCCGUUUUGGCAUUAGAAGUAAAAGUUGGUGAUACAGUUUUCGACCUCAAUAAUAAUGCUUUGCCUUUGGCCGGUUACCAAGAG